AUGACCCGUGGUAACCAGCGCGACAUCGACCGCGAGCGCGCCCGCAAGCGCGCGGCUGCCAACGCGGGCAAGAAGGGCGGCCCCGGCCCGGCCGGCGGCAACAUCGGGCAGGCCCGUGAGAACAACUCCGAGAUCAUGCGCGAGAAGCAGCGGAGGGCCGAUGAGCGCAAGAGGGAGGAGGCCGCCAAGAAAUAG